AUGGAGUCUCCUCAAGGACUAGAGCUGGACUAUAGUAGUGCCAUAAGGUCUAAGGCUGAGAACAAAGUGGAAGGGGAGAAAACAGGAAAUGAAUUCACAGACCAACCGGCAAAUAAAAACGUGGGAAACCAAGAGGCAAUAGAGGAGGCAUCGAGAGAUACCACAAUGCCACCCGGUCAUGAUGCUGCCAGAAUGACAGAAAUCCUUGAGAAGCGAAAAGCGAGAGAAUCAAUAACUAUGAAACCCCUCCUGGCAGCACCAACGAGAGAGCAAACACCAAAUCCCAUCCUGGAAUUCAACAAAGCAGACAUCUCGUUCAACUCCCAGCCAUGGAUAUCAACAAACAUAACCUUCACUCUCUCCAAAAACAAGAAGAACUGGAGACCCCAACCUUCAAAUGCCCUCAAGAACAGUCUUCUCGCAGGCGUUGGCUUCCUCGAACUAGCAAACGCAGCAGACUUCGCAGCCAAUGUCUGGAAUGAAAUCCCCGUCCCGACAUUCGCCGCUGUCCUCAUGGGUAUCGGUGGUGUCUUUGCCAUUACCAUUUCCUUCUUCGCAUUCCACGACAUCGUCCUCGCGCGAAGAAACUACAAAGUCCUUAUACGUGAGCGGAGAAUAUUGAAAAAUAGGGAAGAGAGCAAGGAGAGGAACACAUAUCUAUCUGUCAAUUUUCGAGAGCUUGGAACGGAGAUUAUUGAUCGCAUUGGGAUGGAUGCGUUUAUGGGAUUUGGAGCUGUGAUGGUGGGUGUUGGGACUUUACUUGCUAUUGGAGGAGCGAAUCCGAGGGUUUAUGAUGCUUCGAAUUUGCUUUCUGGGUAUAUUGGUAAUACACCCGUUGCGUUGUUUGGGAUUUUCAAUGCCUUUUGGUCGAUAUUUGUUGUUGCAAGGGCACAGCGUCAUCGUCACCAUGCCAGAAAAUCUCUCACCUCUGCGGAUGAAAAAGAGGUCUUGAACUUGUUGAGACAGAGAACGAGGAAAGUUCAAUCUCAUGCCACAAUCAUGGGCAGUAUAGGUAUUAUUGCUGGCGGUGGAAGUUUAGUCACCUCGGAACACUGGGAAGGUUAUCCAAUUUUGAUACCCUGUAUUGUGCUUUCAGCAUAUUGCAAUUGGAUAUGGAGGAAAAAAGUUGGAUAUUCUCGCGCUCUUUGUGAUACCACUUCCUCGCCUAUCGCCAACAUGGAAAAAGGGGCUCUGAUGGAGGAAAUAUCGAUAAACGCAGCCCUCCUGAAAUCCUAUCGUGGCUUCAAAAGAAUACCGAUACUCGAAAAUAUAGUUGAAGAACCGGAAUCUAUGGCUUCGAUUUUAGAAUUUCUUGUCAGAUAUGACCUUUUUACUUCUUUUUGUGCGAGGGUGCUGAAAGAAGUGACUUUGAGGAAAAGCGUUUUAGAACCGACACUUGAGGGACAAACGGAGAUUGUGAUUUCUCCUGCGGACUUUUUACUGCUGGGUAGAAAGGCUUGCUUUUUGGCGUUGAAAGAUGUUGCUGAUGAGGUUGUAAAGAAGGGGAUUAAGGAGAAGCUGAUGUAUCGGGAAAGGUUUCUGCUGGAGGCUCUGGGCUGUCUUUUGGUCGUUGAAAGGAGAAUGAGUAUGAGAAAAGAGAGGGAUGGUACAGAGAAAGGAAAAUAA